AUGACAACAAGUCCUGGCAGAGUUCUAGGGUUAGCACAUCUCAAGACACACAGAACGUACAACGUGUUGGUGAUAAAGUGUUGGGAACCAGACUGGUUAAGGAUAACCUUGCGGGGAAUAGUGGCUGUUAUUUGCAACAGAGCCGGGGGCUGGGAUAGAGCCGGGGGCCGGAAUAGAGCCGGGGGCUGGGAUAGAGCCGGGGGCUGGGAUAGAGCCGGGGACCGGGUGAGAGCCGGGGGCUGGGUGAGAGCCGGGGGCUGGGAUAGAGCCGGGGGCUGGGAUAGAGCCGGGGGCUGGGAUAGAGCCGGGGGCUGGGAUAGAGCCGGGGGCUGGGAUAGAGCCGGGGGCUGGGAUAGAGCCGGGGGCUGGUAUAGAGCCGGGGGCUGGUAUAGAGCCGGGGGCUGGGACAGAGCCGGGGGCUGGGAUAGAGCCGGGGGCUGGGAUAGAGCCGGGGGCUGGAAUAAAGCCGGGGACCGGGUGAGAGCCGGGGGCUGGGUGAGAGCCGGGGGCUGGGAUAGAGCCGGGGGCUGGGACAGAGCCGGGGGCUGGGAUAGAGCCGGGGGCUGGGAUAGAGCCGGGGGCUGGAAUAAAGCCGGGGACCGGGUGAGAGCCGGGGGCUGGGUGAGAGCCGGGGGCUGGGAUAGAGCCGGGGGCUGGGAUAGAGCCGGGGGCUGGGAUAGAGCCGGGGACCGGGUGAGAGCCGGGGGCUGGGUGAGAGCCGGGGGCUGGGAUAGAGUCGGGAGCUGGGAUAGAGCCGGGGGCUGGGAUAGAGCCGGGGCUGGGAUAGAGCCGGGGGCUGGGAUAGAGCCGGGAGCUGGGAUAGAGCCGGGGGCUGGGAUAGAGCCGGGGGCUGGGAUAGAGCCGGGGGCUAGGAUAUAG